AUGAGGCGCAACCUGAGGAGGAUGCUGCGCACGGGGGGGAAGAAGGAGCCCCAGGGCGUGGUCUACCAGGGCGUGGAGGACGACAUGGACGACUCCAAGGACUCCUUUAAGGUGGUUUUUGAAGGAAACGCAAAUGAAUUACAAAGCUGUCUGAAGAAACCAAAGAAGCCACACAAAUAUGAUGAUGUGAACGCCUCCCCUUUGCAUUAUGCCGCAGAAGAAGGUGACAUUGGGCUGAUGGAGAUGAUCAUCAAUGACUCCUCUUGUGAAGUGCUGAAUGUGAUGGACAAUGAUGGAAACACCCCUCUGCACUGGGCUGCAGAAAAAAACCAGGUGGAAAGUGUUAGAUUUCUUCUCAGCAAAGGAGCCAACCCAAACCUCCAAAACAACAGCAUGAUGGCACCCCUCCACCUGGCUGUGCAGGGCAUGCACAACGAGGUGGUGAAGGUCUUGAUCGAGCACAGUGGUACGAAUAUUAAUUUGGAAGGAGAAAAUGGAAACACGGCUGUGAUCAUCGCAUGCUCCAGAGAUAACAGUGAGGCUCUGCAGAUUUUGUUAAGACAUGGAGCUAAACCAUGUAAAUCAAACAAAUGGGGAUGUUUUCCUGUUCACCAGGCUGCCUUUUCAGGAGCCAAAAAAUGCAUGGAAAUAAUUUUAAAGUUUGGCGAAGAAAAUGGAUAUGACAGACAGUUCCAUAUUAACUUUGUGAAUAACGGGAAAGCCAGCCCUCUCCACCUGGCUGUUCAGAGUGGUGACUUGGGCAUGAUUAAAAUGUGCCUAGACAACGGUGCCCAAGUAGAGCUGAUGGAGAAUGGGAAGUGCACAGCCCUUCAUUUUGCUGCCACCCAGGGGGCCACUGAGAUUGUAAAACUGAUGAUAAACUCCUACUCUGGUAGCAGCGAUAUUGUCAACGCAGUGGACGGAAACCAGGAGACGCUGCUGCACAGGCAAGUUUCCUACUCACAUUCUCCUUUUGUUGAAUGACUUGUCUUAUUUUAGGGAGCAGAUAUUAAUAGCACUGAUUCUGAAGGACGCUCUCCCCUGUUACUAGCCACGGCUUCUGCAUCUUGGAAUAUUGUAAAUCUGCUCCUCUCAAGAGGUGCCCAAGUAGACAUAAAAGAUCAUCUUGGACGUAAUUUUUUGCAUUUGACUGUACAGCAACCUUAUGGAUUAAGUAAUUUGCAACCUGAGUUUAUGCAGAUGCAACACAUUAAAGAGCUGGUAAUGGAUGAAGACAACGAUGGGUGUACUCCUCUACAUUACGCUUGUAGACAGGGGGUCCCUGCCUCUGUAAAUAACCUACUUGGCUUUAAUGUGUCCAUUCAUUCCAAAAGCAAAGAUAAACAAUCACCCCUACAUUUUGCAGCCAGUUACGGGCGUAUCAAUACCUGUCAGAGGCUCCUGCGAGACAUGAAUGAUACAAGGCUUUUGAAUGAAGGUGACCUUCAUGGAAUGACUCCUCUCCACCUGGCUGCAAAAAAUGGGCAUGAUAAAGUUGUCCAACUUCUUCUGAGAAAAGGUGCCUUAUUUCUCAGUGACCACAGUGGCUGGACUGCUUUGCAUCACGCUUCCUUGGGCGGGUACACUCAGACCAUGAAGGUCAUUCUUGACACUAAUUUGAAGUGCACAACCGAUCAGGUUGAUGAAGAUGGGAACACAGCGCUGCACUUGGCUGCAAGGGAAGGCCACGCCAAGGCUGCCGCCCUCCUCCUGAACUACGACGCUGACAUCCUCCUGAACCGGCAGCAGGCCUCCUUUCUGCACCUGGCCAUUCACAACAAGCGGAAGGAGGUGGUUCUUAUGACCAUCAGGAACAGAAGAUGGGAAGAAUGUUUUAGGGCUUUUAGUCAUAAUUCUCCAAGCAACAAAUGUCCAGUCGUGGAAAUGGUAGAAUACCUCCCUGAAUGCAUGAAAGUGCUGUUAGAUUGCUGCAUGACACCCUCCACGGAAGACAAGUCCUGCCGAGACUACCAUAUCGAGUAUAAUUUCAGAUAUCUUCAAUGUCCAUUAGAAUUCACGAAAAAAAAUGCACAGGAUGUUACAUAUGAGCCUCUCACAACCAUCAAUACAAUGGUACACCAUAACCGCAUAGAGCUUCUCAACCAUCCUGUGUGCAAAGAAUAUUUACUUAUGAAAUGGUUGGCUUAUGGGUUUAGAGCCCAUAUUAUGAACCUAGGAUCUUAUUGCCUUGGUCUCCUGCCUAUGACCUUUCUUGUUGUCAAUAUAAAGCCAGGUAUGGCUUUCAACUCAACUGGAAUCAUCAAUGAAACUAGUGAUCGUUUAGAAAUAUUAGACACCAAGGAUUCAUAUUCUAUAAAAGUUUGUAUGAUUUUAGUUUUUUUAUCAAGCUUAUUUGGAUAUUGCAAAGAACUGGUCCAGAUUUUCCAACAGAAAAGGAAUUACAUAUUGGAUCAGAGCAAUGGAACUGAAUGGGUUAUCUACACAACGAGCAUUAUUUUCGUGUCACCCUUGUUCAUCAGUAUACCAGCUCACGUGCAGUGGCAAUGCGGAGCAAUUGCCAUUUACUUCUAUUGGAUGAACUUCUUAAUGUAUCUUCAGAGAUUUGAGAACUGUGGGAUUUUCAUCGUUAUGUUGGAGGUAAUUAUGAAGACUUUGUUGAGGUCCACAGUCGUGUUUAUCUUCCUUCUUUUGGCCUUUGGACUCAGCUUUUACGUCCUCCUGAGUAUACAGGAUGCUUUCAGCACUCCAUUGCUUUCCAUAAUCCAGACCUUCAGCAUGAUGCUAGGAGACAUUAAUUAUCGCGAUGCCUUCCUAGAGCCGUUUCUGAGAAAUGAACUGGCAUAUCCACUUCUGUCCUUUAUACAACUCAUUACCUUCACAAUGUUUGUCCCAAUCGUCCUCAUGAAUUUACUUAUCGGUUUGGCAGUUGGGGACAUUGCCGAGGUCCAGAAGCACGCACUGCUGAAGAGGAUUGCCAUGCAGGUGGAACUCCAUACCAACUUAGAGAAGAAGCUGCCGCUCUGGUUCCUACGCAAAGUGGAUCAGAAAUCCAUCAUCGUCUAUCCCAACAGAGCCAGAUACAGCCGAGGGUUACUAUGCAUAUUUCACCAAAUUUUUUGCACCCAAGAAGUAAGACAAGAAAUACCAAAUGCGGAUACAGCUUUAGAAGUAGAAAUAUUGAAGCAGAAAUACCGGCUGAAGGACGUGACUUCUCUUCUGGAAAAACAGCAUGAGCUUAUUAAACUCAUCAUUCAGAAGAUGGAAAUCAUCUCGGAGACAGAGGACGAAGAUAACCAUAGUUCUUUCCAAGACCGCUAUAAGAGAGAGCAGCAGGAGCAAAGGAAUAGCAAGUGGAAUUCUGUGCUGAAAGCAGUAAGGGCCCGAACACAGGACCCUUAG